AUGGCCAUACAAGCGUUACAUCGCUUUUUUUGGAGCCGUUACAUCGCCACUCUUCAAUUCCACAAUGCGACGUUUGGCCUGAGCUACAGCAUGAAACCGUGGGCAACCAGUUAUGUAUUUCAGGCUGUAGGAGAUCCGCUGACGCAUUUGCGUCUGACGGUCCAUCGGUUGUCCCUUGGCAACCUGACUUAUGCGAUGUACUACCAAAACGACAGCGUUGUCCAGACUGCGAUGCUACAUUUCACGGAGGCGCCGACCGAGAUUUACUGCAGUUCGCGCAUCAUUCAAAUCCAGACCUACUGGAAGCCCGCUGAACUCGGUGCGCGGAUGCGGACGCGCCUCGAGUGGUUGCGUCACGAUGACAAUAACCGCGAAUGUACGGAGAUCGUUCCAUUCCCGACCACCACUACUGAGUUGAUCGGUCGAAGCUACAAGUCAAGAAAAAUCGGACGUUUGGUCCUUUGGGGUGUUGCUCUGGGAAAUGCACGCUUUUGGCCAAACGCCAUUCGA